ACCCCAAGAAACUUUACUGGACGCCAUAGCUAGCAUCUGCUCAGUCACAGGUCACAACCAUCCACAGAUCGAAAUGGCGCACCAUCUCCACAAGAGCAAGCCGGCGGCGGAGGAAGAGUCGUCCAAGGUGAAGGUCGCCGCCAGCAAAGGCACGGAGGAGAAGCACCACAAGCACAUGGAGCAGCUCGCCCAGCUCGGCGCCGUCGCCGCCGGAGCCUACGCACUGCACGAGAAGCAUCAGGCGAAGAAGGUGCCGGAGCAGGCCAAGGAGCACAAGGUCAGGGGAGGGGUCGCCGCCGCUCUGGCGGUCGGCAGCGCCGGCCUCGCUUUGCAUGAGCGGCACCAGAAGAAGGAGGCUAAGAGCAAUGCCGCCACCGCCGGUGACCACUGAUAUGUUCCA